GAUUCUUCUCCAGAACUGGUCCUCGCGGCCGCUCGCCUUGAGUCGGGUCUUCUUGCGGAGCUACCUGCUCAGUGUCCGUAAACAAGCCGAGAGGUGCGCAUCGCAUAGGGGGCGAGAUGCUGCUCAACGCGCUGCAGGUCCUGUCGGUGUUGCUCGUUCUCGCCUACGCGCAGCCUCCGGGUGCCUCCAGGGUGCGCGCCAGUCCCGCCCCCGAGCACGGGCACGACGGCGUCCACCGCUCGGCCCGCUCGACCCUCCCGACGUGGAGGGAGUACUUGAGGUGCGCCGCCGACAGGAAGUGCCACGUGAGGGCGGGCUCCUGCCUGUCGGAGGACUUCGCGUGCAACGAGAUGGCCGCGCGGACCUGCCGGUGCGACUGCCUCGGCUACCCGGGCGCCGGCGUGGACCGCGACGCGUGGGACGACUGCCUGGAGGACUGCAAGAGCGCGGCGUGGCCUUGCGUGCGUGAGUGCGCGAACAGGGACUGGAGCUGCAGGAACCUGUGCCGCCUCCGCUGCCGCUGCGAGUGCAUCGGCGGCCAGGUGAAGAACCAGACCGCGGCCGCGGCCACCGGGACCGGGAGCUAGGCCGUGCGACUGGAGCUGCAGUGACCUGUGCUGCCUCCGCUGGCGCUGUGUGAUCGAAUGCCUCAGCAAUAUCUCAUGUGAUAAAUGUGCGGUGCGUGCGGCCGUGCUGCCCUCCUGCGUGAGAAGUACGGUCGCCGCGACAUCCAUGACCUGUGGCAGCCGCUCGGUAUAGGAGUCCAGGUUAGCCGGUCCGGCUGGGUCGGCUAAUCUGGACUCCUUGCCGAGCAGCUGCCACAGGUCAUGGAUGACACGGCUAUCGCACAGUGGUCUGGCGGCCGGCAUUAUGUCGAAAAUGCCAAAUUGUAUUUAGGGUGUUGCUAUUAUAAUAUUGCAUUUAGCGAAAGUGCAACUGUA